GAGCCUGGUCCAGAUCUGGAAUAUAAUAUUCUAUCGCCUUGACCGGAAGUCAACGAGACCGCCAUCUCCUAGAAGAAAGGCGUAAGCAGCAGAGACAGUUUUCCCAGGCCAGGCUGCGUAAGAGCAAUAAUGGCAGAACAAGAAGAAGUCCAUCAAGGAGCAGGUGAUGAAGAGCAGGAUGACAACCCCAAUUACAAGCCACCAGCACAGAAGUCUCUUGCAGAAAUUUUGCAGCAGGAUGCUGAAGAUGAAAGUUUGCGCAAGUAUAAGGAAGCACUCCUUGGCAAGGCGGGCGGAGAACCAAUUGUUGUUGAUCCCAACUAUCCAGGGAAAGUAAAAGUGAUGAAACUGAUAAUCUUGGUGGAAGGACGUGAUGACUUGCAAUUGGAUCUUACAUUGCCUAAAGAAGAGAUUAAAAAGAGGAAAAUUAUCCUGAAAGAGGGCUGCAAAUAUCGAGUAAGAAUACAGUUCUACGUUCAGCGGGAUAUCGUCACAGGUCUAAAGUAUGAACAAAAGCUGUACAGGAAAGGUAUCCGUGUGGAAAAAGAUUCCCACAUGAUGGGCAGUUAUGGACCAUCCACAGACCUGAUUACUUACACAGCUCCCGAAGACGAGACUCCUUCUGGGCUAAUAGCUCGGGGUGAAUACAAAGUGGAGAGUCGAUUUAUAGAUGAUGAUAAAAACUGUUAUACGGAAUGGGAAUGGAAUUUGACACUAAAGAAGGAUUGGGACUGAUGAGUUGAAUGUCUUGCAGUUUUACUUUGUCUGUCAGCAUGACCUUACCAUUAGAACUUGAAACCAUGAUACAAAUGCCAAUAUUCCUAUCUGGCAGAAUAUUCCAUCAGUGCUAAAUGUCAUUACCUUUGUGAAACCAGAGCAGCUGUCAAGCUUACACUUUAGUUUUCUGUUUUCCUGUGUUUUCUGCUAUUAAAUCGAAAUCAUUAUUAUUAGAACAUUGCAUGACUUAAAAGUAAAUCUCAAGUAACUACUUUUACAGUUUAGGGGAAAGAGGUCUUAGGACUUUAACUGGUUUGACUUGCAACCAUGGUGGUUGUUUUGCUCCAUUGGCUUGCUGAAAAGGUGUAUUUGAAUGGCACUUCAAGUUCUUUUCCUGGAGUAUGCAGACAUAAUAAAAACAAUAACAGCAGCAACAUUGGAUUUCUGUGCUUAUCAUUCUCAAUUGUUGUUAUACUGAAUGUGUCAUGAAAGCUGAUUUCAUCCCUCCAUUAUGCAUAAGCGUGAUUGUUGCUUUUUGUAUAUUAGCACACAUUAAAUAGAUUUUCUUUAAUAUUAGCAGUACUGCUUGAUUUGUACUUAGUGCCCUAGGAAGAAAGAAACAUUACCAGUAGAAAAUUUAACUCUGUCAGAGUUUACAUUAUUGCCAAUCAAACAUAAAAAGUUUGGCAAUUUUGGUUUUAAUACUGAGUAACAGGCACAUAUUUUCCACCAACAUUUAUGCAGAAUUUUGAGAUGCAGGUUCUCAAUUGCAUUUUGAUGGAUGUAUGAGAUCUUGUAACUGGGUGGCAUCAUAACAUUACAUUUUAAAGUGUAUGGGUGAAUUUGCAUUAGCUUAAUUCCUUCAAUUUAUGAUUUUUACAUAUCAUGUUUGUGGGAGUGUUCUCAGGUUGCUGCCUUUUCUCACCCAUAGCACGGCAUCUGCUGUUUCCAAUAUGUGCUGUGACCAACCGUCUGCUUAACAGUACAGCAUUACAUGUGUAAUAUAAAUGUUAUUGCCACACAAAGUUUUUUAAUGUUGCAGAAAUGGUUUUUAUUUCUAGCAUUUACUUCCUAUCAUUGAUGUUUGAUGCCACAAAUGUGCAAAGAGCAUGCACCCUCUCCUGAAGCAGUUUAUUUGUCCAGUGUAUGGAAGUAUGGAUUCUUAUCUAUUGAGAACUACAUUAUCUAAAACAUUUGCUCUUGCUAAGAAUGUUAGACCAUGGAAGUUGUCAGAAGUAUUGUCAACUCGUAUACAUUUUUUUAAACUGUCAUUGGAAUGUGCAUUAUCUGUGAUACAUGCCAUAAAAUUCAGAAGACAUUUUCUUGAACUACAAGUUCAGUUUCUUAAAGACCUUUGUCUGGUGUAGGAAGAGAUAUUUUGGAUAUUAGAGCUGCAUUCUGAUUUCCUAUAGUUACAUCAAAAUCUACAGUACCAAAAAAAAUAAGCUAAAAGACUUAAAAAGGUUUGAUUCAUUCAUAAUCUAUGUGAAAGUAAUUAAAAUUUUAUAGUAAUGUGUUUGAUCCUACAAACAUUAAAGCAAGUCAUUGCAAACUCAUUCUUUGUAUAAAAUGUUUGUGGAAAAAGGAAGUUACAAAGCUGAAAAGUUUAUUGUUCUGUGAACCUUGUUGUCAUGGGAAUUGAGAGGGGAGAGAUGAGGAAAACAUUUAGACAAUGUUAUGAAUAGUGUUCCUAUUGACCUUUUUAGUUGUUGAGGCAGUUUAAAUUAAAGAAAUAGAACAAAGAGCUGAUUAAAAAAAUACUGUACAUAAAACUGCAAGAGACCAGGAGUACCAUUUACCAACAUUCAACAGCUAAAUUGCCAAAUUUUUUGUAAUAGAUGUGCCUGCUUUUUACUGAAUAAAUGUGAAUGGGAACAAGCAUAGAAUAAAAAGCUUGAAUAACAAUAAAUAAUGAACUAUGUUCAAUUUUGCUUUUUUCUCUAUCAGGGAUAUGAAUGAUCAAACUUCAUUGUCUAACUUGCUGUUUUCCAACAUUUCAGAUGUUUGAUUUCUAUUUUCAGGGUGUUUCUUUGUCUUACCUUUAAUAGUUUGUAGUGAAAGGGGAAGUAUCAUGGACAGAUUGUUAGUGCCCGAGAUGUGGAUCACUAAUGUUCAGUCACCAGGCUAUGGGAUCCUUUAACAUGUACCUUUCCUUUUAGUCAUGGUUGUAGACUUUGCUUUUCUAUCCCCUAUUCUUUCAUCAGUCUUUUCAAUACAUAAAAGUGAUUAUUUUUAAAUUUAGUGUGUACCCACUUGGUUUUGUAUUUUUGUGUGAGGUAUUGCACAAACAGCUUUGAAGGGGUUCCAAAAAAAUAUAGUCUGCUUUGGUUCAUUGUACAAUAUCUUCAGUUCUGAAAAUUUACCAUUGUACCUGUUCUAAAUAGUCAAUAAGCUUUUUAAACAAAUGUAAUAACUUUGUGUCCUGCUUUUUAGACAUCUGCAGACCAAACAGCAGUGUUGUUCGAGCAUGUCAUUCUUGAGCUUGCAAAAGUGUUUUUAAGUGUAAAGCUAUGCAAGCAUGAUUUUCACUAAAUGCUCCAUAGCCACUUCGUGAACACUUUACUUUUCAUGCAUGUUAGUUAUUUUAUAAUUGUUUUGGUGGUACUGAUAUUUAGAAAUAAAGUCGUGAUAUGUUAACA